AUUGCCUGCAGUGAGCACCGCUGUUUGCAAACACACAGAGAGUACCGCGGCUACAGUCAUUAUUACACAUUGAUGACCUAAUAGCACGCGGAGCCAAUAGCCACGCGCCCCAAAAUGUGCACUAGCUGGUGCAGAUGACGUGCUGCUUUACUGCUAAGUAAGCAAAGUGCAGCGCUAGAGAAGAAAGUGCAAGCUCUACCUUCCCAGCGCAGAGAGGAUUUUGAUCCAGUUGUGUGGAGGAGUAUCUUUCCUAGUUAUCUUUCUAUUAGGAUUAUGUCUGAGGUUAAUGAUGUAGAAAUGAACGAGGAUAAUUGUGUUUGCUUUUAAUGUAUUGCUAUUGUUCAGGGAACUGGGAUGCGAAUACCCUAGUGGAGUUUUCUACCAUCACUUGGGCAUACAACCCUGACAGAAUGGGAAAUCCUUUCUUAAUAGGAGGCUGACUGGACCCUCUUUCGUGUUUUCUAAAAGUGCUGAAUAGGCAGUAGCACAAAGGGAAAAAUCGCUACCAACAUCCUCACCAUCAGCAUCACCAUCGGCUUCUUAGUAGGAAGGGAUACAGCUUCUGCUCAGACACUGAACGCCUUGACAGCUGUUAUCAGAUCGAUACAUCUUAAGUGCUCUACAUGCGUAUUCCGACAGAAGACCCCCAAAUCACGCUGCACUCGCCAUCUGGGGCGCACGCAAACUGCUGAGAAGGGGUCGUGAGCUGCCGUGUAGGUGCCGAAACUUUGGCUAAUGGCAACUGAAAAGGACUAUACAGACCAUUUUCUUGCAAAACAUUUAUUGAUUGCUUUUCUUGUACCAGGAAUGGGCAAUGGAAUGCUUGCCACAUUUGUUACAGCCAAGCACAUUAUUUUUUUUUAUGUCUUUUUCAACUUGCAUGGCUACAGUUUUUCAGAGGUCCUAAGUACAACUGCAAAAGAAGGCCCCAAUGACAACAUUACAGUCUUUACUCGAAUCUUGGAUGGCUUGCUAGAUGAUUACGACAACAGACUUCGCCCUGGACUAGGAGAGACAAUAACAGAAGUGAGUACAGAUAUCUAUGUCACAAGUUUUGGCCCUGUGUCUGACACAGAAAUGGAAUAUACAAUCGAUGUUUUUUUCCGACAAAGCUGGAAGGAUGAAAGACUUAGCUUUAGUGGACCAAUGAAACGUCUUCCUCUUAAUAACUUGCUCGCCAGCAAAAUCUGGACACCAGACACCUUCUUUUUAAAUGGCAAGAAAUCAAUAGCACACAACAUGACAACACCAAAUAAGCUUCUUCGUCUUGAAGAUGAUGGGACUCUACUCUACACCAUGAGGCUGACCAUUUCGGCAGAGUGCCCAAUGCAGCUGGAAGAUUUCCCUAUGGAUGCUCAUGACUGUCCGUUAAAAUUCGGCAGCUAUGCAUACCCCAAUUCAGAAGUGGUUUACAAAUGGACUAAUGAAACUACCAAAUCUGUGGUUGUCUCAAAAGAUGGUUCUCGCCUAAAUCAGUAUCACUUAAUGGGUCACUCAGUGGGCACAGAAAAUGUCAGCACAUCUACAGGUCACUACACUGUCAUGACAGCGCACUUCCAUUUGACAAGAAAGAUUGGCUAUUUUGUGAUUCAAACUUAUCUACCCUGUAUCAUGACAGUGAUCUUGUCGCAGGUCUCAUUUUGGUUAAACAGAGAAUCAGUCCCUGCUCGAACUGUGUUUGGUGUAACUACAGUGCUGACAAUGACAACGUUAAGCAUCAGUGCACGCAACUCUUUGCCAAAGGUGGCGUAUGCAACCGCGAUGGACUGGUUUAUAGCUGUUUGCUAUGCUUUUGUGUUCUCUGCUUUAAUAGAAUUUGCAACGGUAAAUUAUUUUACAAAAAGAAGCUGGGCAUGGGAUGGCAAAAAGGCAUCAGAAGCUGCUAAAAUCAAGAGAAAGGAAGCUGCGCUUUUAUUAAGAAAUCCUAACAAUGCCCCCAGAGGUAGGGUUCUUGCUGGCUCUUCUAAUAUUGGGAAGGAUUCCACUCUGUCAACAAUUUCAAACUGUACGUCUAUCCCACUGAAACCCCCUGAGGAUAAAACAAGCGACAACAAAAAGACUUACAACAGUGUCAGUAAAAUUGACAUAAUGUCAAGGCUUGUGUUCCCGGUCCUAUUUGGUACAUUCAACCUGGUUUACUGGGCAACUUAUUUGAACAGGGAUCCUUCAAUUAAAGGUGCUUUUACUCCUACGUAAAGUGCCAGAAAUGCAAAUCUUUUAAUUGCCUUCACUGUAAUAGCCAUACUGAGAUGAAAUGCAACCAAGGAAUUUGACAAAUCUUAUACACUUUUAUAUUCUUCUACUUUUGCUAGACAGUUGCUUCAAUUUCUCACAUUGUACUGCAUGUCUUUUGUUGUGUUAAUAAUAUGGCAGAAUUGCUUUUGUUCUUUCUCUAUUUAAGCACCGGGAAUGAUUAUUUAAAUAAAAGUGGUAAAUUGUGUAACAAUAAAAUCUUAUGACUAUGUUUAUACUUAA